AGCGGCCUCCAAUCCUAGCCUGACCGCCAGACCUGUCACCACCCGAGAUCUCCGCUGGCGGCGGCAUCCUGAGCAGCUGCUGCGGCCGGAGGUCGGAUUUGCAGGCAAGAGAGAAAUCCUCCCCAGCCCAGUCCUGGGGGCUCACCCCACGGCCGCAGGCAUGAAGUGAUGCUCCAGGGACCAGAGUCUCAGGCGCUGCUCCCACUCCCGCUCCAGCUACUAGAUAGUUUAGUCUCCUGUUCUCUGACUCCCCGUCCAUCUAGAGAGGGAAGGGAAGGAAAGGCAAGGAAAAAUCGAAGCCCAAACCAAGCCCUCCAAACCGCUUCUUCCGGAGAGCUGCCUCCACUGCUGCCCCUCACUCAAAACCUCCCCCCUCCCUGCUCUUCUGCCCUCACAGGGGUUGGAACUUUGGAGGGCUGGGAAGUGCAAGGCAGGAGAAGGGGCCCCUCCCGAGGUACAUGUCUCUUAGUUGAUUGGAUAGUUGGUCUCCCCUUUCUAAGCAACCAUGGGCACCCAAGGACCCUACCGCUCUCACAGCCUGUUGGACGUCACUCCAGCCAGGACCAUCCUGGUGUACCGUAAUGGAGACCAAUUCUACGUGGGUAAGAAGUUUGUGAUCAAUCGCAGGCGGGUCUCCAGCCUUGAAUCCCUGAUGACUCAGUUGAAUGAGAAGGUGGCAGUGCCCUUCGGAGUGAGGCGGCUCUACACACCCUAUAAUGGACACCUGGUCCGGGAGCUGGAGGAGCUGCAACAAGGGGGCAGAUUUGUAGCAGCUGGGAGAGAAAAGUUCAGGAAACUGGAUUAUUUCCACAUAGCUCCUCAAAAACCUACAAGGAUGAAAAAGGUCAAGGAAGGGAGAGAUGAGGAUAAAUGGCAACUUGAGAGCACUGUCUGUCUCUGGGAAAGUACCACUAUUACUGAUUCGGCCCAGAUUAGACCAGUUGUGCACAGCGACUUGAUUGUGCCUUCUAGGUGGCAAACAUUCCAUCCAAAGCCACGUCAUAUAAAUGUUUUCACAAAUGGGAAUCUAUUCAUUCCACCUGCAAAAUUAGUUAUACCCAGAUUCACUCUAUAUGAUUGGGAUAAUGUCCUGGCCAUGAUUGGAGAAAAAGUUCAACCCACCUCAGGGGGUGUGCAAAGACUGUAUACAAUGGAUGGAUUUCUAGUGGAUGGCUCGAGUGACUUGAUUGACCACCAUUAUUAUGUUGCAUCAGGACUGGAGACCUUUAAACCUUUGCCCUAUUGGGAAACACAAAAGGUUCCUGAGGACAUCAAAAUAAGGUAUACUGAAUUUAAAAAGAUCAUGCGAAGAAACAGAAAAAUGAGAAAUACAAGGCCCUCAGAGACCGAGCCAGUGGAGGAGGAAUUAAAAGAAGUAGUAGAUCGUUCCUUAUAUGAAGAAAUUCUAAAAAAUAGUGAGAGCUCAGUGUACCAUGCAAAAACAGAGAAGAAGCCAAGUUAUACAGAUCCAUUAACUCUAGGUGGUGCAGAAGGUGAUGUGUUUCAAGCACGCAGCCCUAGAAAAGAAUUUCAAGGAGCACUGUAUGUGAAAGAUGAUCAGAAUGUGCAAAUAGAAUUGCCUAUUGAUCAGAGACCAGCUGAAGAGAUUAAAGAUGAAGAUAUUUUUGACAUAACCAGUAAUCAUGAUAACAAAGGAAGCAAAAAAGAAUGGCGUUUAAAGAUGUUUGGCUUAUUUUUCAGAUCAAAAGUCAGAGGAUCCAAGUCUGACACUUCCCUCGUAGUAAAACAAAGACUAUCCAAACAAUCACAUGACCAAAUACUAUGCCAAGAAUCACAACUAAUAAAGAGAUCAAGACACCCAGGACAACAGAAAAAAAAACAGAAAAAGCCACAUCAAUGCAAAGAAGAGCUGCUUCACCAGGAACAUUGGCCAUGGAACAAAAAACGAUCACAAAACAACUGAAGAGAAAACUUGACAUUUGACCUCACAGUGCACCAGCUAAAGAGGUGGUCUUGGGAGUGAGAAACCAGUGCUUUUCAACAACAACAAUAACAGCAGCAGCAGCAGCAGCAACAACAACAACAAUAAUUAUUUUAAAAUCUACUUGACGUCAAUUUUUCUCCUAUCAAAGUUGCUUCCAUCUCACAUUCAGUCAUCUUAAUAGCAAGAAAAUCAUGCCUGAGAGGAAACCUGAGCCCCAAAGCAAUAGUUUUAGUUUACAAGGAAGGUUUCAGAUUUUUCAUGUCCCAAAUCAUUCUAAUUCUCUUUCUUGGUAAUAUUUCUUUUUACCAAAUGUUUAAAAGAAUGAAUUGUUGGUCAUUAUAAUUAAACUCCAUAAAACUCUUCCAGAAAACUACCAAUGUAUA